AUGGAGGCGGGAGUCGUGUCUCCGCCGAAUCCCAGGGAGGCUUGUGAAAAUGCAGGCGUGCGGGACGCCCUAAACCCGCUGUACGGAACGACUACGGAAGCACCCGGAGUCGCUGCUCCAAAAGUUUCCCAGCUCCUCCUGCCCCUGAGGUCGCAGAACCCGGUACGACCUCGGAAAGUUCUGGGGAGUCGCCCGCGGCCGCACUGGGUGUCCCCACGAUCCAGGGCUGCCGCCGCCGCUGCUGUCGGCGCUGGGGCGCCCCUGUCCCCGGACGAAUUGCUCCCGAAAGGCGACGCAGAAAAGACGGAAGAGGAGCUGGAAGAGGACGACGACGAAGAGCUAGAUGAGACCCUCUCGGAGAGACUGUGGGGUCUGACGGAGAUGUUCCCGGAGAGGGUUCGGUCGGCAGCCGGAGCCACUUUUGAUCUCUCCCUCUUUGUGGCUCAAAAAAUGUACAGGUUUUCAAGGGCAGCUUUGUGGAUUGGGACCACUUCGUUUAUGAUCCUGGUUCUUCCUGUUGUCUUUGAGACUGAGAAGUUGCAAAUGGAGCAACAGCAGCAACUGCAGCAGCGGCAGAUACUUCUAGGGCCUAACACCGGCCUCUCGGGAGGAAUGCCAGGGGCUCUACCUUCACUUCCUGGAAAGAUCUAGAUUGUUACUGCUUAAACUGUCUUGGUGGAAGAAGCUAGAAAUUGAAUAGUGUUUGAACUGCUGAUUAUUUGGAUUUGUUUUGUUUUGUUUUGGCUGGUACGUUGACCUAUCUAAACCUGGAGGGACUAAUUCUCCCCACAUUGUCUCCUGGAGAGACUCCCAACUUGCACUGUAUCCUCCACACAGCCCUAUUUCAUCUGUCCUCACUCUGACAUCAAAGUACAGCCAUGCAGACGAUUACUUCAGCUCUGGCCACCCCACUCCUUUCACUAAAUUGCUCCUAACCGGAGGAUCUUACUAUCUUGUGGGGUAGGAACUGAUGCCCUGACUUUUAAUGUAUGUUUUUGUUUUUGUUUUCCUUAAAGAAUGGAGAUACUGGGGAGGGACAUGCACACAUGACAGACAAAAGGCAUUACAGCUGUAGUGUCAUGUGGCCACAGUGAACCCGUGUUGGAGGCAGCUAGCUGCAGCUUCAGCAGCGGGACGCGGACUGUAGAACCAAGAGCUCCUGUGCUCUGCUCAUUGUGGCUGUCAGAUGCCUGUGUGUAAAAACAGUCAGUGCUCACUUUUUGUAUUUAAAUAAUAAAAACAAUCCCAACUAAAGUGUCA